AUGGACAGCAUAAUUUCCCUCCUUUUUGGAAUAGCCAAGCUAGAAGAAGGACAGCCUCUUGUUAGUGUGACCGGAAAUGACAUCACCACUCCUCCAAACAACGAGCUGCCUCCAAGCCCAGAGAAGAAAACAAAGCCUUUGGCCACCACUCAACCUGCAAAGACUUCAACAUCGAAAGCCAAAACACAGCCCACUUCUAUCCCUAAUCAGCCAGCUCCCACCACUUUUGGUGGGUCGAAUAAAAAACCCAUGAGCCUUGCUUCAGGCUUAGUACCAGCUGCCCCAUCUAAACGCCCUGCUGCCACCACUGCCAGGCCUUCCACCUUGCCUUCAAGAGACGGGAAGCCAAAGCCUGUUGCCGAGGCAAAGACUGCUGAGAAACGGGCUUCACUCUCCAAGCCAGCCUCUGCCCCGGCCUUCAAACCUGGCUCCAAGAACACCCAGACUGUCCCAAAAGCCACAGCAGCUGCCACUCCUGCCUCAGCUGGGCCAAGCAAUAGGAGCCCACCCAUACCCCUGCCCAAGAAGCCCACUGCCAUCAAGACUGAUGCAAAACCUGCAGACAUCAAGAAGAUGGCUGCAAAGUCUGCACCAGCUGACUCCAGUCGCACAAAGAGCGCUUCCACCAGUUCUGUGAAGAGAAACACCACCGUCACCAGAGCAGCCCCCUCUCCAGGAGUGGCUGCCAGCCGAGUCAAGCUCACGCCCACACCUCCACGGCCCUCCAGGACUCCUUCCAUGGACAAGAAGCCCGUGUCAGCCAGGCCCAGCCCUUCUGCCCCCAGGCUGAGCCGUCCAGCUGCCAACGCUUCGGCCCCCGAUUUGAAGAAUGUCCGCUCCAAGGUCGGCUCCACGGAAAACAUCAAGCAUCAGCCUGGAGGAGGCCGGGUCCAGAUAGUCUCCAAAAAAGUGAGCUACAGCCAUAUUCAGUCCAAGUGUGGUUCCAAAGACAAUAUUAAGCAUGUCCCUGGAGGUGGUAAUGUUCAGAUUUAGAACAAGAAAGUCGGCAUCUCUAAGUUCUCCUCCAAAUGUGGGUCUAAGGCCAACAUCAAGCACAAGCCCGGUGGAGGUGAUGUCAAGAUUGAAAGUCAGAAGUUGAACUUCAAGGAGAAGGCGCAGGCCAAGGUGGGAUCCCUCGAUAACGUGGGCCACCUGCCUGCGGGCGGUGCCGUGAAGACUGAGGACGGUGGCAGCGAGGCCCCUCCGUAUCUGGGUCCCCCUGCUGGGGAGGAGCCGGCCAUCCUUGAGGCAGCGCCCGAAGCUGGUGUCCCCACUUCGGCCAGUGGCCUCAGUGGCCACACCACUCUGUCAGGGGGUGGUGACCAAAAGGAGGCCCCUACCUUGGACAGACAGAUCCAGGAGACAAGCAUCUAA